GUGUGUCAAACUAAAUAAAAAACGAAAAAUAACAACAAACACACUUUUUGUUUAUUUUUAAAAUCUAAAUUGUGCGUAGGUCGCGAAAAUGCAAUAGAAAAGAUAUUCUCACAAUUAUACUAGAGGAAAGUAAAGAAAAAUUCUAGAGAGUAUAAAUCAAGCAGACCAAGAUGACACCAACAAAUUAAUGCGUGCGUUUAGAAUGCGGACACAACGAAAAAGAAAAUAAUGAAUAAAACGAAUGUUGUCAUUGGCAGUGAAGAAAAUUGUGUGAACUAGUGAACGGGUGACUUUUAGCCAAAUGAAACAUACAUUUGUAUAACAAAAAUUAUUAAUAAUAAACAAAAAUAAAGCUGUGAUAAAUUACAUAACAACGAAACGAUAUACACUAGUACAAAGUGAUAACAUAUGUCGAACUCCUUGCCUGCUGCACCAACGCCACCACCGUCACUCUCACUAACAUUGAUAAAAUGUAAAAGUAACAAAACUUUUCCAACGAUGAGCAUGGCUAAAAAACUAUUAUUAGAAGAAUGUUUAUGGGCCAUUGAUUAUCCAGAAUUACAAAAGGCUUGCUUUUUAGCCAGAAUUUGUUCAGACAGACCACCUGUUAAAUGUGAAUUCUAUAACAUUGCCAGUAUAUUACAGGUGGGACCCACUUGUGGCUUGACCGCGUUAAGUAUGUUGCUCGGAGGGAUACCGCCGGCUGAACAACUUUUGCAGGAAGCCCAACAAAAACAUUUCACUAAUAAUGGAGAAAUGUUUAGUGCCCAUAAUUUAUACCAACUGAUUUGUGAUAAUAUACCCAUGAUCAACAAUAACAACAAUCCACACAACAACAACAACUAUUGCCAAUCAAACACUCUAAAUGCCAAUGACAUAGACAACAACAUACUGUUAAAGAAUACUACAACAAAACACAACAACAAUGUGAUCGAAUGCCAAAUGCAUGAAGGUCGUUUAAAUUGUGCCAAGGUGAGAGAUAGUCUACAGCAGGGCGCUUGUAUGUUUGUGCCUUAUGAUCCCGAUUUCAAUCAUUCGCCCUGUUUAAAAUUCGGCCACAAAGCCCACUGGGCUCUAAUUAUAGGCUAUUUAAUAAACGAUAAAAACGAGUUUUUUGUCUUAGCUCGACAUGGAAAAGCCAAAAAUCUUGCCGUUUGGUCUUUACAAUCGUUAAGUGAUAGUAAUUCAAAUUUAAUUGAAUUUGCUCAACCUAAAGGUUAUCCAGAUUGUGAUUUUCUCUUACCACCGGGUGGCAUUGGUGGUGAUUUAGGUUUAAGAGAACGUGCCAUUAUUGUCAAAGGAUUACCGCAUGCAAUUAUAUCAAUAUCAUGAUUAAUAUAUUUAUUAUAUGCCGUUACAACGAUUAUUUUUAUAUUUAAUACAGCCAUUACACAUAUUUACAAUUAUUUUAUGUAUUUAUUUUGCCUUUUUUUACUAUAAUUUUUAGCCAUAUAUACAGAUGCAUAUAUACAUUUCUAUUUACAAAGUUUUAUUUUAAUUGUAUGUAUAUUUUAUUAUUUAUUUUAAUUGGAAAUGGGUUUUAUAAAUUAAAUUUUGUUUUUUUUUUUUAUUUGAAAUAAAUUAUGGUAC